GGGGCAUGCGACUUCUGCGACCACAACCGCCAGAAUGCCCCUGUCUGUACCCUGAGGCGACAACAGUAAUCGGAUGUAUUGAAAUUGUUUCUCUGUAAAACCAACCACUCCAAGCCCGGCCAUUGAGCCUCUGUUCUCGCCAUGCCGACCGUCACCCCCUCCCGGCUCGCCAUCGUCGUAAUCGCCUUCUCGCUCAUAACUUUCUUCUGGUCAUUCGGGCUUCCUGCUCAGAACGCCAAGCCAGAAGUGCCUGUUAUAGAUCAUUAUGAACACAAGAACGUCCAUACCGACCCGAUAAUUCCGCCACCCGCCGUCGAGACACCCGCGAAUGUUCACAACAAGCCGGGCGAAAAGGGUCAUGCGGCUGCCCCUUCCCCUAGCACAACGGGCGUGGCCGAAUUUGAAGACGACGGUGGGAGAUGGGAGGACGCGAAUAAUGGCAUUGCUACACCCUCUACGCUUCUCACCCACACAGUUGCCGCCCACAAGAGCGCCGCUGCAGACAACUUGGACAACGCACCUACUCCUGCUGUCGUCGCCCCUCCCUCAACACAAGCCGUCCAAGGACACUGUCAAAACCUUGCAAUGGCACAAGAUGUCAUGGUGGUGCUCAAGACAUCCAAGGCUAGUAUUGAAAAGCUGAACGCACACCUCCGUACCGUCAUUUCCUGCGUACCUACCUUUGCCAUCUUCAGCGACCACGAGGGUGAGUUCGAGGGCCACAAAGUACACGAUGCGCUCAAGGCUGUCAGCCACGAAAUCAAGUUUUCGCACGACCAAUUUCAUGAAUACCGAAUCAUGCGCGCGGACGCCCAACACAACCCCGAUGCGGCGAAGCUCGAUGAAUUGGAUAAAUGGAAGAUGCUGCCAAUGGUGUACCAGGCCUAUCACAUGAACCCCCAUGCCAGGUUCCUUGUCUUCAUAGAGGAAGAGACAGCCCUGAGCUGGACCAAUUUGCUGCAGUGGAUCGCUAGACUGGACUACCGGAUACCCUACUACAGCGGAGCCCCUGCUUACAUUUCUGGAACACAAGCGGCCCAACGUGGACCAGGUAUCUUGCUGUCUCAAGGUGCCCUGCGAAGAUUUGCAAAGUCUUAUGACGAGCUGUACACUCGCAAGUGGGAGCCGGCCGUUGACAAAGAAUGCUGCGGAGACUUGAUGUUGGCAAGGGCCAUGGCAGACGCACACGUCGAAUUUUACUCGUCCUGGCCUCUUCUCCAAUCCGAGCAUCCCUACAGUCUCGACUACACCAAGCGACACUGGUGUGCACCAGCCGUCUCAUGGCACAGAAUCAGCGGUGACCAGCUCAUGCGGCAAUGGGAACAUGAGAAGGAGUGGACCAACACCAAGGGCUGGAAAACACCAUAUCUGUUCCGCGACGCAUACCAAGACUACAUUGCGCCGCACGUCGAAGCGCGCAAGGAAAACUGGGACAACAUGAGCCAUGACGCCAAGAUUGUCGCGCCUCAAGGGAGACAGCAGCAAAUCAAAGACGAAGCUCAAAAAGCCAAGCAAAACCAAGACGAAGAAGAGAAGAAGAAGCAGGAAGCACUGAAGGAAUCCGAACGUGAACCUGACCGUGAACCUGAUCUACCCGGCGUCGUGAAACCAGAGCAUCCAGAAAAAGAAAAAGAAGUAGACCCAGAACACUUGAUGAAAGACCACAAAGACGACAUUCUCCAAACUGCCGGCACACACACUACCCACGCGCAAAAACGAGACGACAAGAAGAAAGAAGGCGAGAAGAAGAAGGAGCCUCCCAAUUGGGACAAGCUGGCCGAUAAAUACCCCAAUGCCGCAGAUAGCUCCGAGGUGUGCCAGAAGACGUGCGAACAAAUCGAGGAUUGUCUGCAAUGGCGAUACUCGAAUCACGCGGAUGGAGAGUGUCAUCUUAGCAAGGUGAUUCGACUGGGUGGGUCGACUGAAGAUGGGCGGUGGACGAGCGGGUGGGCGACGGACAGGGUAGAGCGUGUCAAGAAGGAGUGGGAGUGUAAGCAGGUAAACUGGAGGUUUUAUCAGUAG